CUUGGGUCGGAUCAGUGUCUCCUUCAGGGCUCCUGUCUUUUUACAAGUCAUAUUUCUGCUGUAUAAGUCAGACAUCAGAGGGGCAGGAGCAGCUCCCAGUCCUGGGCUGAGCUGCCAAUGCAGGGUGGCAAUGGAGGAGGCAGACAGGAACUGCACAGACUGCUGCUGCUGCUGUUGCUCUACAGCAUUUUUCAUACAGGGAAGUUGCUCCAUUUUGCAGACAAAUGACAGAAAUCUAAAAGCAAUCACAAGACAGAGGAGAAAGCUAUGGAUCUCAGCUUGGGACAAUACCUGAGAGCUAAAAAUAAGCAGCAAACUGGCUCAGCUGUAAAGCAAAUCUGUGAGGACCGUCUGUUGGAAGAAGAAAAAAAAAAGGUGCAAGAUGACUCCUAGUUUCUCCAGAGAAAGAAGCAAUAAGCUGUGUUGAAUGUUUUUUUUUUCUUUCCUUCUCACUUAUGGAACAACAGAACUAAAAACAUGACUUGGAAAUUAGAAAAAUUUGGAGAAGGAGCCUGGAUCGCUCAAGCGGUCUCGUCCUAUUUACUCCAGUUACUGUUUCACCUCUACUGGACAAGAGAAUUAAAUUGGUCAGCUUCGAAAUUAAAGCAGAGAAUAACCGUGCCAAUUGACUGUGCGGUGCCAAUGUUAUUCAGUAAAGGUGGGCACAUCAUCCUCCUCGGUGACAACACAUUCUGGGGACCUAGGAGAUGCAGAAAGCAUCAUACUAUGACAAUCCCACAUUGUUUGGAGGUUACACAUACCAGCCGGGUAAUUUGGGGUAUGAUGGCCCACAACAAGCCUUCACCAGCACUGCCCACAUUGAUAAUGACUUCCAGCGUUCUUCAUGUUCCCUGCAAUCUCUUGGACACACAGGCCCAUUGGCCAAGCCUAAAAACCUGAAUGGAAGCUGUAUGCGUCCAAGCCUGGCAUCUGAGCUUCAUCAGACCCCUUCACUGUCCCCAACACAAAACCCUACAGUCAAGAGUAACAAUAAUGUAAAUUCCCAGUCCACAUCAAGCAAAUCCUCUCCGGUUAAAGCCCAGGCUAGCUCAGGCCAUUCUGUUAACAAACAGAUCUUCCCAUGGAUGAAAGAAUCGAGACAAAACUCCAAGCAAAAGGCCAGUCCCCCCAGCUCAGCGGCAGAAACCUGCAGUGGUGACAGGAGCCCCCCGGGUUCUUCAGCAGCUUCCAAGAGAGCUCGCACAGCCUACACCAGUUCUCAGCUAGUGGAACUGGAGAAAGAGUUCCAUUUCAACCGCUAUCUGUGCAGGCCCAGGAGGGUAGAAAUGGCUAAUCUACUAAACCUCAGUGAAAGGCAGAUAAAGAUAUGGUUCCAGAACCGAAGGAUGAAGUACAAAAAGGAUCAGAAGAUAAAAGGCAUGUCCUCUUCAUCUGGAGGACCCUCACCAACUAGCACACCACCCCUAAGCAUGCAAUCAACUGCAGGGUUCUUAGGAUCCAUGCACUCAAUGACUGCUAAUUAUGAGGCACCUUCCCCACCUCCUUUUAAUAAAUCCCACCAUAAUGCCUACUACCAGAACCCAACAAAAGCUUGUCCCUCCCAGCAGAAGUAUGGAAACGCUUCUGCAGAUUAUGACCACCAUGGCUUGCAAGGGAAUGGAGGCAGUUAUGUGUCUCCUAGUAUGCAAGGAAGCCCAGUGUACGUUGGGGGUAGUUAUGUGGAUUCAGUUCCUGCACAAGGGCCUUCUUUGUAUGGCCUCAACCACCUUGCACACCAGCCCUCUAGUAUGGACUAUAACGGGGCUCCUUCCAUGGCAACAAACCAGCAUCAUGCACCUUGUGAUCCCCUCCCAACCUACACAGAGCUUUCAACUCACCAUCAGGGGAGGAUACAGGAGGCUCCUAAACUCACCCAUUUGUGAUUAAACAGUAAACAAGUCUGUUUAGCAGACUACAGAGGGCGCUCAGCUCUGGAAGCCUCGGGGAACAAUGAGAAGCAUUUGUGUGAUUUUUUUAACCUUUUACUUUAUUUUUUUUCCAGAUAAUAAAGAUGUUAGGGUGUUGAUCUGUAGCUAGAAUUCAUGAUUUAUUCAACAUAAGUGGCCAUGAAAGUUGAGUGUUUUAAAUACUGGACACAAUGUCUCAUUAUAUAAAAUGUCAUAAGAAUGUGAAAAUAAUUGACAACUAAGAUUUUGCACCCAUGAGAAAAACGUGUUCAUGAAUUUCCACAGAUGAAAAUGUGUUUUUAAUUUCAGAAAAUGUGUAUUCACCUGCAGGAUUGCCUGUAGAUAAUUAUUUUCUUGUCCCAAUCAGAUUUUUUUCUUUAUUUUUUGAUUGUGUUGAUAUCACAAAUGCACAUAUAUAUUAUGCACAACAUUGAUAAUCUUUUCAAUUGAUCUGGAUUAUUCUGUGAGUUCUAGUAAAAUGACAGACAAAUGUUUUAGUGGUAGCAAUCUAGGCCUUAAGAUCAAAAAAAUAAGUUGUGUUGUCUAGAUAAUUGAUUUGUGUCUCAUCAAAAUUAGUUCUAAAUUAGAUGUAAAUGCUACAUUUUCCAGACACAUGAAAAAGCAACACGAAAAACAAAGCAUCUGUUUCUUCUCUCGUCUUAAAGUGAAUACAGGGUAUAUUUUAAACAGAUUUAUGUUCACCAAACAAUAUGAAGCAGACUCCUCCUAUGUUUGCUAAGCAUUCUCUGUGUGAACAUAUAUAUCUGUUGCACUUAGAGUUUACAUAUAAUGGUUGAAAACAGCCUGGGGGCUCAGAUCAUUCAAUCCUGGCUAUUUCCAGGCAUGUGUGAUCUUGUAAGGAGACAUAUAUAUUUAUUAAUGCUGCUUAUGAAAGCCGAAAAAAUAUUUUCUCUCUUCUUUUUUUUGUAUUAUUUAUCCGCCAUAUUAUGUAUUUAUAAGAGUUACUAAGACAUUGUAAGUUUUUUCGUAUUUACUUGUUAUUAAAGAAGUUGUGUUUUCCCUGUCAUUGUAAAAUCUGCCUAUUUAAUUCUAGUAUUAUAGAAAGAUGUUAGUUUUUUUGUUCCUUGUACUUAUGAAUAAUGUAAUUAGAUCUACUGAGGAGCUUGCUAAGCUCAUCCAACUGUAAUUGUAUAGUCAUGAAUAGAGGGGUUCACAACACCCCUCUAGAUAUCUUUCUUUGUUCUUUGUACUUACAUUUUCCUUGCAAAAAAAAAAAAAGUUGUCUGUUGGAAAAAAAAAAAAAACUGGAAUAAACUUUCUGUUAUAAA